AUGCCGUCAGCAGCACCAACUGCCAGCCAGCAGGGUCAACUUGUUGGGGGCCAUGCAGACUCACGGCCCACGUUGAAAGAGCCGCUUGUCUACAGCGGCAGUCUUGACAAGUUCAUCAAGGAGCAAGACGAUAUCACUCCUGUGAUUGGUCGGGCUUUUACUGGUGUGCAGAUCCGGGAUCUCAUCAAGGCUGAGGACUCUGUGAUGCGGGAUGUCGCUCUGACAAUUUCUCAGCGUGGCGUUGUGUUUCUGAAGAACCAAGAUGUCACGCCGACGGAGAUGAAGACGUUUAUGGAGCGUCUUACCCAGCUGGCUGGAUGUCCUACCAGCUCUGGGUUGCAUGUACAUCCAUUGACUGAAGAAGGUAGUGAGCUUGGAGAUCAAAUUAGUGUCAUUUCGAGUGAGAAGCAGAAGAAGGGUGGUGGCUUGACUCAUCAAUUGAGUGAUGUUUCGCGAUUUGCUAGUGCGGGUUGGCAUAGCGAUAUUACUUUUGAAAAGGUUCCCUCUGACUAUGCCAUGCUGAAAAUUCACACUUUGCCCGCAACAGGCGGUGACACCCUCUGGACGUCGGGUUACGAAAUCUAUGACCGUCUUUCGCCACCGAUGCAGAAGUUCCUCGAGGGCCUCACAGCUACUCAUGAUGCAUCCUUUUUCCACGACGAAGCCGCCCGCCUGGGCAACCCCCUUCGUCAAGGACAGCGCGGCUCCCCUCUCAACCAGGGUGGAAAUCUCACAGCCGUGCAUCCCAUCAUCAGGACCAACCCAGUGACAGGGUGGAAGUCAGUCUACGUGAACAAGGGUUUCACUAAGCGAAUAAACGGGGUGUCCAAGGAUGAAAGUGAUGUGCUUCUGCAGUAUCUGUUCAACUUGGUUACGCAGAACCAUGAUGCGCAGGUCAGAUUCAAGUGGACCAAGAAUGAUGUAGCUAUUUGGGAUAAUCGCUCGACUCUUCAUUGUGCGACGUAUGAUUACGCUGCGGCUAGAGCGGGUGAUCGAGUAUGCAGUCUGGGAGAAGCACCGUAUUUUGAUCCCAAUAGCGUCAGCCGAAGAGAGGCUCUCGGCUUGUAA